CAAAAAAAAGAAAAAGAAAACCAAUCUAAAUUAAUUUGUCCAAGCCGAGUUACCAGGGCCGGUCCGUACGGAGAAAACAAUUCGGCAAGAAGAAAAAAUGGCAACUCACAGGUGACUCAUCAACCGGUGAUAGUCCCCCGUUAUUCGGAGCUCGACGGUGAAUCUCUUGUUUAGAGGACUCUUUUACCCCUCAAUUCCGAUUUUAGUGUUUAGCUGCCGCAGCCAUGGAUGAACAAACGCCUAAUUCAGUACAACGUAUGUCCACACGAACUCGUAAGGUUGCUCCGAAAAUGGCUGCAGCUCUUGCCAGUAGCGAUAAUCGGACUCAGGCAAUGCUUGCUCGUCUUGAAGCUUUGGAAAACGAUAAUGCUCCUUUAGAGACAAUUCAAGUUGACGAAGAUGAUGAAGCCUCACUUGACGAUGAUGAUCAAGCAUAUCAGAAGAAGCAAGCAAAAGGCACAAAAAGGAAAACCCGUCAAGCUAAAGCACUCGAAAAUGCCAAGAAGGCACCAAGAUCAUUCCUCGAGCUCUUGCAAGAGGCUCGUUUGGAAUCAUUGCCUCCGCAUGUACCGACAUACUUGAGAGCAGCUGUGGGGCCCCCAAGUUCAACAGCAAGACGCCACUUCUGCGCAGUUUGUGGGUUUUCUUCAAACUAUACAUGCGUUCAGUGUGGGGUGCGAUUCUGUUCGUCUCGAUGCCGGAAUAUCCAUAAUGACACUCGUUGUCUGAAGUUUGUUGCUUGAUUAAAAACUAAACUAAGUCCUGUAAAUUACUAUGUGAUACAGUGGGUAUUAUACAACUGUCACUUGAGAAUGAAUUACUCUAUGUAGAGGCUACAAAAUCUACAUUAUGUGAUUUUCAUUUAAAUUUUAAUGAUGAAUUUAUUUUUUGUUGUCA